AUGAUUGAGGAUAAUAUAAAUAUUCUGAAAGUAUAUGAUCCGGUAAUAAAGAAAAUAAAAACAUACAAAAUAGUCAGUGAUAAGAUAAGCAUUGGAAAUAUGGAAGUAUCGGAUAUGAAAAUAAACAGUCCGGAAUUUGAGAUAAUCACAAUGUCAAUUGAUUUUAAUAAUCUUGAAAUGAUAAUCACUAAUAAGAUAACAAAUAGUGAGAAUGUGUAUUAUUUAAAUAAAGAGUUUCCAUUAGUAAGAGUACAUACAUUCUUUUUCUUUUGUAAACCUAGAUAUGAAAUAGUAAAUGAAACAGAUGAUUUAAAUAUUAAUAGGUUGUUAGAACAAAAGAUCAAUUCAACACCUAAAACAACUAAGAGAGCUGUAUCUUUUAAAGAUGUUAAUUUUAAGGAUGUUUUAAUAAAUUUGAGUGCUUCAAAAGUUAAUAGUCCAGUGAUGAAAGAAUUAUGUAAUAAGAAUAAGAAAGUAAUAUCAAAAGAUAAAUCAAAAGACAAAUCAUUAGACUUAUCAGGGGAUAAUCUAAAUAAUACAUUAAAUAGUAAGGCGUAUGAAAAUUCAAGUAAAGAAAUAAAAGAAGAUUCCAAAUUAGGAAAUGAUAAUAAUGAAAUAUUUAAUAAUUCUGUAAAUAAUUCUAUAAAUAGUAACGAUAAUGAAAUUAAAGAUAAUAAAUCAGAAAUUCAAAAUAAUAAUAAAGAAGAAGUAAAAUUACAACAACCAAAAAGGAAAAGACAAAAAAAACAUACACCAACAGAUCCAAGGGUACCAUUUCCAUAUGAAAAAUUAGAACCAAGUAAAUUAUCACCCCAACAAAGAGCAGCGAUAACAAGAAGAAAGAACAGAGUGAAAGAAUUAGAAAAAAAAGAAAAUAAUUAA